AUGGAACUCUUACCUGAGCAGAGCAAAUCCCGGGGCGGGAACACUCUCACCAGCUGUCAGCGGACCAUCUUCAGCAACAUUAAGGUGUUUGUGCUUUGUCAUGGGCUCUUACAAUUGUGUCAGCUCCUCUACAGUGCCUACUUCAAGAGCAGCCUCACCACCAUUGAGAAGCGCUUUGGCCUCUCCAGCUCUUCCUCUGGCUUUAUCUCCAGUUUAAAUGAGAUCAGCAAUGCUAUCCUUAUCAUCUUCGUCAGUUACUUUGGCAGCCGUGUCCACCGGCCCCGGAUCAUUGGCAUUGGGGGCCUCCUGUUGGCCACAGGCGCUUUCCUGCUCACCCUCCCACACUUCCUCUCAGAGCCAUACCAGUAUUCCUCCAUCAUUGGGGGAAACAGCAGCCAAUCCCAGGAUAUCUGCCAUAGGAAUAAACCAGAUCUUAUUCCAAGUAAAUGUCAGAAUGCUAUUCGGGAUCCCAGGAAGGAGACCAGUAGCAUGUGGGGCAUGAUGGUGGUGGCUCAACUAUUGGCCGGCAUUGGGACAGUUCCCAUUCAACCUUUUGGUAUCUCCUAUGUGGACGAUUUCGCCGAACCAAAUAACUCACCUUUAUACAUUUCAAUUUUAUUUGCCAUUGCUGUAUUUGGACCAGCUUUUGGGUACCUGCUGGGGUCGGUUGUGCUACAGAUCUUUGUCGAUUAUGGAAGGGUCAACACAGCUGCUGUGAACCUCAGCCCUAGAGAUCCACGGUGGAUUGGAGCCUGGUGGCUAGGCCUGCUCAUCUCCUCAGGCUGCUUGGUUGUCGUAUCUUUCCCGUUUUUUUUCUUCCCAAGAAAUAUGUACAGAGAAGAGCGGAUAACCAAUGCUACAGCGGAUGAGUUGAGGAAGAUGGAGGAAAUCAAGGUCAAAGGCUCCCUGGCAGAUUUCAUUAAACGGUUUCCCCGCAUUUUCAUGAGACUUCUGAUGAACCCCCUGUUCGUACUGGUGGUCCUGACACAGUGCAGCUUCUCCUCAGUCAUUGCUGGCCUCUCCACUUUCCUCAACAAAUUCCUGGAGAAACAGUUCGGCACCACUGCAGCCUAUGCCAACUUUCUCAUUGGUGCUGUGAACCUCCCAGCAGCUGCCUUGGGGAUGCUGUUCGGGGGCAUCCUUAUGAAACGUUUUGUUUUUUCCAUUCAAACCAUCCCCCGAGUGGCUACAGCCAUUGUCACCAUCUCCAUGAUUCUCUGCCUUCCCUUGUUCUUCAUGGGCUGUUCUACACCAACCAUUGAGGAGGUUAACACAAUAAGAACACCAAGUUCUAUAAAUCGGGCACCACUAGAAUGUCGCAAGGAGUGCUCAUGUCCUGAUUCCAUCUUUCACCCUGUCUGUGGGUCCAAUGGAAUAGAGUACAUCUCCCCCUGUCAUGCUGGUUGCAUGGACUUCAACAUCAGCUCAGUGAAUUCAAAACAAGUGACCUAUUUCAAUUGUACCUGUAUCCCCGGUGCGGCCUCUUCAGCAAAGACGGGAUCUUGUCCAAUCCCCUGUGCUCACUUCCUGCUCCCCACCAUCUUCCUCAUCUCCCUCGUCUCAUUGAUUGCCUGCAUUUCCCACAAUCCUCUCUACAUGAUGGUCUUGAGGGUAGUGAAUCAGGAAGAAAAGUCAUUUGCUAUCGGCGUGCAGUUCCUGCUGAUGAGGCUGCUGGCCUGGUUGCCCUCUCCAGCCCUGUACGGCCUCACUAUUGAUUACUCCUGCAUCCGGUGGAACACAUUGUGCUCAGGGAAGAAAGGGUCCUGCGCUUAUUAUGACAAUGACUCUCUUCGCAACAGUUAUCUGGGACUGCAGAUGGGCUACAAAGCCCUAGGCUUACUGCUACUCAUCUUCAUCAGCUGGAGGGUGAAGAAAAAUAAAGAGUAUAACGUACAAGAAAAAGCAUCUGGGCUGAUUUAGCAUUCUUUGUUUACCCCAGCUAUGAUCUCCAGAAGAACUGGACUCCAAGAUGCCUCUCUCUUCCAACCCCAGCCCCCCAAAACUGGUAUUUACUAAAGUUAACAAAUAGUUUUCCUUUUUUUGUAUCUGGGAAGGAGAGGAGAAAAACUGACCUUUUUUACUUUUUCAAAAACUUGCUCUACUUAACUGAACUCUGUAAAUGUGUAUCUGAUCUGUACUACCAUAUAACCCUUGGUCAAGGAUUUUCCAGCUUCCAUGGAAUGUGGAGCCAAGGGCUAGCUCCUUAUUCAGAACUCUGACCUCAACAGAGUGUCUUGUCAACUUCUCAGGAUCUGACCAGGACCCUCUACUUAGGGUAUUCCAAUGUCCAGAGAAAUAGAGCUUGGGCCCCCAAAGAACAUAAGGCACGGUUGGAGACUCUAACCACCCAGGAUAUAGAACACUGACUUUCCUUCUGGGCCAGGGGCCAGGGACCAUGUGAAGAAAUAUUUUGCUGGUAACACAGAGUGGUUAUUUCCUUUUCUAAAAGAGAUAAAGAAAGGAAUACGUUGAUUUUUUUUUUGCAAGUAGUUUCUUGGGACUUUAUAUUUUGGCUGUUGUAGGUGCUUGGAACACACUAUGUCCAAAGACUAGAAAGAGAAAAGAAGCUGUAUUGAGAUAGGGACAAUGGACAAAACCAAGAGCAAGUGGGCACAGAAUGACUGAUGCCAGCCCCUCUCAUCUUCAGGAAAUGCUGGAGUCUCUACUGCCCAAUGGAGCCAUUCUUGGUGACUUUCCAAUCUUAGUCAACCCGACCAGGAGCCCAAGAAGGAAAUGUGACCUCCCUCAGAAAUUUUGGCCCCUAAGUGCCUCUAAUAGUCUCCAAUAGAGGUCAUUUUUGAAACUGGCAUGAGAUGGAUCUCAUGCUAGCCAUUUGUCCCUCAUCAUUCUCACUGAUGGAAGGCAGCAAAAGCACAGAUAAUCCUCCAUGAUGGAUUAUCUCAUUAUGAAGAGUCAAUGUCAAGGCCAAUUUUGUAUUUGCAUGGUUUUACUCGUGUUUGAUUUUCUGAGAAUUCACCUCAAACCAAAGAACGAGGCCCUGUUGUGGUGAAGACGUGAAGUGGAGCAGGAAAGCUGUCUGAUUUCUCUUUCCUGCCCUCCUUCACCUGACACUUCAGUUCAUUCCAAUCCCACUUUCCUUUGGAAGAAACAACUCCUCCUCUAGAGCGAGAGGAGAAAGGAGAACGCUUUCAUAAAGCACCUGUUUCAUCAAAGCUACGCCUUUUCAAAUCUUCUUUUGACCAGGGCAGGGAGCUGAAUCCACAGUGCAAAGGGCUUUCCGUCAGGCUGCAUUGAAAAAUGAAGAAAGAAAUGGAGCAAAUAUGAGAUGUUAAUGAAGCAAGUGAUCAGUUUAAGAACUAGUAACCUCAAAAGGCAGUAGCCUUAAAAGGAAAGUUUGCCUUCACAAACUUUCAUAUACAUAUGUCACCCUCACUGGCAUUGGGAGUUGACUGUAUUUAUCUUUAAGUAUAUUUGUAAUUAUAAACAUGUUCAAAACCAUGUCUAUCCUGUUCCUAUUGUGCAGAAUUGGAAGGCUUCUUACUAGAUGUGAGCAUGAGAGAAAUAAAUACUCAAAGUUAGAUAUAGAGAUUUAAAAUUAGGAUAGAAGGGGUUCUUUCAAUAUCACCAACAAAAGUACUUAUUAGGUGUCUAAAAGGUGCAGGAUACUGUGCUAGGCAUACAUGAGUGCCUUUCUGUCUUUAAGUUAAUAAAAUGUCAGCUUCUGUUACCAAAA